CGGCAGUCCCCGGUGGAGAUCCGCAGCGAGGAGGCGCAGCACGACCCCGCGCUGCCGCCCUGGUUCGCCAGCUACGACCCGGGCGCGGCCAAGAGCAUCCUCAACAACGGGCGCACCUGCCGCGUGGUCUUCGACGACACCUUCGACCGCUCAGUGCUAAGAGGUGGGCCAGUCCAAGGAGCCUACAGGCUACGCCAGCUUCACUUUCACUGGGGUUCUUCUGAUGAUCAUGGCUCGGAGCAUAUUAUUGAUGGAGUGAAACAUGCAGCAGAGCUUCACAUGGUGCACUGGAAUCCAAAACACGGUAAUUUUGCUGGAGCUUUGAAACAACGUGAUGGAGUAGCUGUGGUGGGCAUUUUUCUGCAAGUGGGGAAUACUCCCAAACCAGAGCUGAAGAGAAUUCUUGAAGAAAUAGAUACUGUUAAGACAAAGGGGAAAGAGGCUCCUUUCCAUCACUUUGAUCCAUCAAUCCUUUUCCCCAAGUCUCGGGACUACUGGACCUAUGAGGGCUCCUUCACUACACCUCCUUGUGAAGAGUGUAUCACCUGGAUUCUUCUAAGGGAGCCUAUUGUUGUCAGCCCAGAUCAGAUGGCAAAGCUGCGGAGCCUUUCCAUGAAUGCUGAGAAUGAACCUUUUUGCCCCCUGGUGGAUAACUGGCGCCCUCCACAGCCUCUGAAGGGCAGGGUCUUGAGAGCCUCCUUCAAAUAGAAACAUCCAAUUUCAGCAGAGGUUUCAGUGAGGAAAUCCCCAGAUGCCAAAGCCUAGCUAGUAUUGUCCUCUGCUCCCCCACAGGCACUAGAUGAUAAUAGUUUCCCCACACACAAGCACAGUCUGUAUAUAGAAUGACAGCUUAUUCAGGGGAGGAGCACUGUUCCUUUAGGAAAAAGCAGCAACAGUGGAUCAAUGGCUUGCAAACAGUAAAGCACCCUUCAGGGCAUUUUUUUUGCAGUCAUCCUUUUCCUGGUGCUCCUUACCUGCUUGUAAUGUGAUGAACAUAUGCCACUUCCCUUUUCCUCUGCACCUCAUUGUUAGACUGGCAAAGUACUAAAGCCUGGGUGUGCAUUCAGGUGGGUUCAUCACCCCCCAGCUCUGGGGGUGAAGCAAGGAUAGAGUGUUGCCUGGCUUUGAAAAGAUGCCUUGCUGCCAUUUCUGCAUCAGAUCUCUAUCUCUCUUGCCUUGCUGCCGCUUUCUUGCUGCUUCUGCCAAAUCUAUUACUUUUUUUUGUCUUGCUACUGCUGCUAUUCCACUUCCUACCACCCCAGUCUAGUGACUUAAAAUUCUACUGCUCUGCACAGGAUGCAGCUUGCUGCUGCUGCUUCUGUAUUGCCUCUCAGCACCACAGUCUCCAAGUACAAUGCAGAGUCCAAAUUUUUGAGACUCCGCUAAAGUGGCAGCUUGUAGUAAUUUCAAAUAAUAGGUAUUUAACUGCUUGGGAGGAACUUUCCUAUUGUUGUCACUGUAUCAUUUAUCAACCUCACUGCUGUUUCCAAGCUCAGGUCUGAAGUUCUGCCCAUUUAUUGGCAAUUUUGAUUUUAAUAGUGCUUGGAUGAUGAGAGACUAUCUCAAUGGGAUCUGCUGAGCUUUAUUGUGACUCUCUGCCCAUUUAGGCCUUUUGUUAGGGAUACAGUGUUCAAAUGGCAUGUAGAUAAACAGCUGUUUACUAAAUAGGAGCACUUGCCUCUUGACCCUCUUUCCAGCAAUUUGACAUGGGUAUGGUUUCACAGGGCAAGCGGAGUACAAAUCUGCUAUGUCUAGUCAUGCAGUAAGGAUAACUUUUCAGUGCCUUGACAGCCAAGACUUCAAAUUUUUAAUUUGUAACCCAGAUGUCCAAAAAUGAUCACCUUGGAGGUGUUGGUAUUGCCUAUGCAAAUGAGAUCUGCUUAUCCUGUCUCUCCCUCCACUUUAUUGACAGAUGGCAAAGAGGGUGCCUUCUGUCAAGUUGCUAUGGUAGUAUGCCUGAUUAUGUCUAAAAAUGAGGGAAGGGGGAAGGUCUGGUUACAAAUAGGCAGAAAUAAGUUUCCUCCAUUAUCCUUAUAUUCUUCACCAGAGCAUCAAGGCUUCCAACUGACAGAACUGAGUUGCUGAAUUUAUUAUAGACUAAAUCCUGCUCUUGGGUGUACCACUAGAAUCCCAGGAAUCCUGGAUAUAACUGAAGGCAGAUUUUGUGCUGUUCCAUUUAUCAGUUUCCUUUCCACAUAUCUAAUCAAACUGAUUUAAUUAAGCAAGGGAUUUUAAUGGCCCAAAUAUAUUUAAGGUUGAAUAACUUUUAUGCUGAAAAGUGGAAACUAAGGUGUUUAAAUAAAGAGAGUGGAACUGUG